GAACAAGAGGGUUUAGCGCAAUAUUAAACCGUGACCCAAAUUUGAAACUUUUUUUUUUUUGUUCUACUUCUUAAAACAUCGAAUCGACAAAUUCCUUCCGCCGUCGGAAUGUCGAUUCCCGAUUCCAACUCCUCCGCAUCUGUAACGGUUUCUCCGUCUCUCUCUACCGCUUCCGCAACUCCUGCGAGACCAGUAAACACUAACACACCACCGUCGCCAUCUUAUCCACCUCCUGCUCAGCCGCCACCACCGCCGUCUCAGCCAUCUCCUGUUCCGCCGCCACCAACGCCUCCGACUUACAGACCCGUUGUUCAUCUUCGCCAUCCUGUUCCGUUACAACAAGCUCAUAAUAACCUCUACGCGCAGUCAAUUCCAAACUUACGCCCGAAUCAAGAUCCGUCGGCGGUUCUUUACCCGUUUGCUCCUCCGGGUCGAGGUCGAGAGUUUUCAGCCCGAACCGUUCGAGGGUUCGUCGCUGAUCAGAGUGGAUACCCUCCUCGCCCCGGUAUGGUUUACAACCAUCUACAAUAUGGGCCGGCCCAGAUUGAAUCCAUGAUGCAGUACAUGAAGGAGAGCCGUCCUCAGAUUCCUCAGUUACCACGCCUUGGAGCGGGUUCUCCUGUUGUGUCGGGUCCCAGGAGAGGAAGUCCUCAGUUCCUGCAACCGCGGUUGAGUAGUGGAAAGAUUAUUGGGGAAAAUGCUUCAAGAAACUUUGAAUCUGACUUAGUAGAUUGGAGUCUUAGUAGAAGUGUAUAUGACUGUGUUGCCCCGCCCCGAGCUUCAAUUCUAGACACUAGCAGCAAUAGAAAGGCCAGAAGCAGGGAUGGGGCUCUUGUUCUCAUUAGAGGGAGAAAGGUCAGAAUCACUGAGGGAGCUUCUCUUUAUUCACUUGGUCGAUCGUGGUUGAAAAAUGGUUCUCACGUAGGAAUUCAGUCGCAAAGGACUGGUAUAAUGAAGUCUUUGCCAAAGCCGUUACCUGUGGAUAUGACAGAGACAAGUGGUCCAGAUGAUCCAGCUGAUGAAGACGUAGUGGACGAGGAGGCUGUAGAGGAAUUAACAGAGAAGGAUCUUUUGAAAGGGCACAUCGAGCGAGCUAAGAAGAUCCGUGCACGAUUGAAAGAAGAACGGUUGAGGAAGAUCAAGAGGUACAAAGAAAGAAUAGCUCUUCUUCUGCCACAAUCCGAAGAAUAAUGAUGAAGAGCAACUAAAAGGGUAAAAUUUUGUUAGGACGUAGCAUUUUAUAUGACUGUUGUUGAUUUAGCAUAGUAAGUACCACGUGCAGUAGGUGUGUUCUUCCUCCUCUUCAAUAGAUGAGUAGGACUACUCAAUUGAAUUGUGUGUGUCAUUCUUCCUAAAACAGAGGAAGAUAAAAGUUGUUUCCGUAAUUUUAGUCA